AUGUCCUCUGAGGGGCGGGCUACCAACACAGCGGGUGCGGCCGAUUCACUACCCCAGGAUCAUCUUGCAGCAGACCAGCGUCGAGAACCUCCUCCUCCACCCCCGGACGGUGGCUAUGGGUGGAUUUGUGUGUUAGCCCAGUUCUUCAUCAAUGGCUUCACUUGGGGCGUGGCCGCGAGCUAUAGUGUCUAUCUUGCUUACUAUUUAACUCACGAUAUCUUCUCUGAAGCAAGACCGAUGGACUAUGCAUUUAUUGGUGGCUUCAACUUCGCAUUCGCCCUGCUAGUCGCCCCGCUUGCGACGUUGCUCAUGCGACUGUAUGGCGUCAGAACUCCCAUGUUCUUUGGAGUUGUAUUACUGCCUACCGGAUUCGUCUCGGCGUCUUUUGCGACUAGAGUUUGGCACCUCUACCUGACGCAGGGCAUCUGCGUGGGAACCGGCAUAGGCCUCAUUUAUAUCCCAGCUACUACAAUUAUCCCCCAGUGGUUUAGCGAGAAGCGGAGUCUGGCGAAUGGAAUUUGCGCUGCUGGUUCUGGAAUAGGAGGCCUUUGUGUCUGUUUUGCUACCCAAGGUAUGCUCGAGGCUACGGGACUUGCGUGGGCUUUGCGUAUUACGGCGGUGAUUGUUUUCAUGGUGAACUUGGUCGCGACCCUGCUGAUUCGGUCGCGUAAUGAGGAGAUCAAGCCUGACCUGAGCAUAUUCAACUUUCGUCUCCUUUCAUCUUAUGAAGUGAAACUGCUGCUAGGGUGGAGCAUUAUCCUCAUGUUUGGGUACAUUACGUUGAUGUUCUCAUUGUCGGAUUACGCUAUUGGGAUCGGUCGUUCGAGACAGGAUUCGGCAACGGUAGCCGCAGUAUUGAAUCUAGGAGCUGCCAUAGGCCGUCCCUUUAUCGGCUAUGUAAGUGAUCGGUUUGGAAGAGUGGAGGUGGCCGGAGUUGCCACAUUCAGUUGCGGCGUCCUCGUCUCUGCUCUCUGGCUACCAACUACGAAUUACGGCGUGCUCAUCACAUUCGCCUUGGUGAGUGGAGCGAUCCUGGGUAUCUUUUGGGCUGCUAUCGCUCCAUUAGCCGCCGAUGUAGUAGGCCUGAAAGAACUCCCAGCGUUCUUGAGCAUUGUAUGGCUUUCCGUGGUGUUGCCAAGCGCUUUUGCUGAGCCGAUAGCACUUCAAUUGCGGCGCCAGGACUUUGGCGAGUUUAUUACUUUUGGAGCUGUGGAGAGUACGAAGGAAAAUGAGAAAUAUGGAAUGACGAAAAUGCCCUCCAGUAAUUCUCGUGCCCUAAGCCAGGACUAG